UAGAAUUCUGUUACGCGAACGGUGAAGGCAGUCGGUAACCCUUCAGCAUUCAAUUGGCAAUAGUAAUAAUUCAGCAUUGACAAUUAAUGCAAACAAUUGAUUUGGACAAUAGUAAAUCAAUAGCAAUAGCGAAAGCGAUAACAAAAACAGCAACAACUAGCCAAAUACUUCGAUYGAUAUAAAAGUCAAAGCYAACUGUGAAUAUUGUGUAAUUGCUUCCACGAGAAGAUGAAUUUGAAAUUAGACAGCAGAACGCAGAAAAACAAAAACAACUGAAAAGAGAGCAACUUGUCAACAGUUGGAUUUUAAAAAAAUUUCUCAAAUCAUAUGAUUUUCUAGAAAGAAAGGAACAUACUCGAAUAAAUAAACAUAAGCAGAAAUCAGAUAAAGAGAAUUAUCGUUGGCCAACAGAAAAUAAUAAUAAUUAAAAAUUAGUUUCAUAAAAUUGACAUGUACACAGUAAACAAGGGACCUAGCAAAAUUGUUGCUAAAACUCGACGCGGUCUGCCGCAAAACUUUGAAAAGUUCGAGAGCAUUAAGGAGAGCGGCAAGAAGCAUGGGAGCAUCAGCAACAACUUUGAUCUCAACAGUCCCGAGAAGAACAAGAAGUCGUAUGAUUCCAGCACAGUGAAACUCGAUGGUAAGGCCGAUGCUAAUAAUAAUAGCGCCUCUACUUUGGCCACACCCAGUCCAGUGGAUAGCAUUAUAGCCAAUACACCUGUGUCGGCAUCGGCAGCGCCAGCCGUUUGGGUAGAGCCUCCAAGUCCAGCCCUAAACGAUUUCAAGCCAUUCGAUUUGGAGUCUUGGUGGGGACGUCGCUUGUUCCACAACAUUACCAAAAGCCUAUAGACUGAUGAUUGGCCGCUGGGUUACGUUAAUUUAGUAGUCGGUGCUUCCGUUUCUAUUAUUUUUACAUCUAAUUUCGACUGCAAAUCAAAUUCACAUUAGAUAUAAAGAUUUAAAUAGCGGAUAAGAGGCCAUUUUUGCAAUUCUAGAUUAGCCGUUUGAAAUGGCAAUUUGAUAAGUCCCGCAGUUUUCUUUGUCCCUUCCUUAAGUAUAUAAUAUAAAUUUAAAGAUCGUAUCAGUCGUUGGCCGUGUAAAUAAUUCGAUACAAAAGUCAUUGUAUGAUUCUUUCAUAUAUAAACUAAGAUUGAUUUUUUAAGUUUUUGUUAUACAACAGACAUAGAUACAUACAUAUACAUAUAUAGGAGAUAAAUAUGUUAAUAGUCGUCUCUGGUCAUUAAACAGCUUUCAAUUUAAAAGUAUACAGCAUGUUCAACGAAAAGCUUUUAGAAUUAUUCAAUUCUAUAUUUUGAGCUCACACCUGACACUUGCCGAGCAAAAUAUGUUUUAUUGUAGGUACAUAAUAUGAAAACCAUUUAAAUGUUAAAUAUAUAUCACACUAGUUACUACAAUAGGAAACAAAUUUUUCCUAGUAUACUUAAAUAAGGYAAAUUGAAAUGGCGAAAAUGAACUUGACCCUAAGAAUGAGCACAAAAUACAAGUGUAUCUAAAAUU